AUGGCGGAAGACCGGGCCUGCAGGAGAACCAAGAAUCUCGCUCCUCCGCUCCUCCGCUCAUUCCGAUCAAGAUCUCUCAAAAACAUCCCUAUAAAAGCACCUUACUCCUCCUCACUUCAACACAACAAGAAAAACCAAAAAAAGAAUAAAACCAUUAACCAUUUUCCCCCCCCCGCCCAACCUCGAUUUGAAGGAACCUGAUGGCGCUUCAUUAAUCUAUACUUAUGGAAAAUCGAAAACACUGAUUUCACCAAAAACUCUCUCCGUUUUCUUUUUCGUUGCUAUAAUCAUAUAUAUUUUCUUCUGUUUCCUUCUUUAUAUAUCUCAAAAUGACCGACAUCAGCUUAGAGGAGAUCAAGAAUGAGAACGUCGAUCUUGAGCGUAUACCCGUUGAGGAAGUGUUUGAACAACUGAAAUGUACCCGAGAGGGUUUGUCCUCAGAGGAGGGGCGCCAAAGGCUUCAACUCUUUGGCCCAAAUAAGCUUGAAGAGAAGAAGGAAAGUAAAUUUCUCAAGUUUCUGGGGUUUAUGUGGAAUCCACUUUCGUGGGUUAUGGAAGCUGCUGCUAUCAUGGCGAUUGUUCUUGCCAAUGGAGGGGGGCAACCACCCGACUGGCAAGAUUUUGUGGGUAUUACUGCAUUGCUUAUUAUCAAUUCCACAAUCAGCUUUAUAGAGGAAAACAAUGCAGGCAAUGCUGCAGCUGCACUCAUGGCAGGACUUGCACCAAAAACCAAGGUUCUUCGUGAUGGAAGAUGGUGUGAGGAAGAGGCUGCAAUCUUAGUUCCAGGAGAUGUGAUCAGCGUUAAGUUAGGAGAUAUCAUUCCAGCCGAUGCUCGUUUGUUGGAAGGCGAUCCGCUGAAGAUUGAUCAGUCGGCACUUACCGGUGAGUCUUUACCAGUGACAAGGAGCUCUGGUGAUGAAGUGUUUUCUGGUUCCACUGUAAAGCAAGGGGAGAUCGAGGCUGUUGUAAUUGCCACUGGUGUCCACACCUUCUUUGGGAAGGCUGCUCACUUGGUUGAUAGCACAAAUCAAGUGGGUCAUUUCCAAAAGGUGUUGACUGCCAUUGGAAACUUCUGCAUUUGCUCCAUCGCCGUAGGGAUGGUGAUAGAAAUAGUAGUGAUGUACCCAAUUCAACAUCGUAGAUAUCGAGAUGGUAUUAACAAUCUCUUGGUGCUACUCAUUGGGGGUAUCCCAAUUGCCAUGCCCACUGUUUUAUCAGUCACUAUGGCUAUUGGUUCUCAUAGGCUAUCCCAGCAGGGUGCUAUCACAAAGAGAAUGACAGCCAUUGAAGAAAUGGCUGGAAUGGAUGUCCUCUGCAGUGAUAAGACAGGAACUCUAACUCUCAAUAAGCUUACAGUUGACAAAUCCAUGAUUGAGGUGUUUGUUAGAGAUGUGGACAAAGAUACUGUGAUUUUGCUUGGAGCUAGAGCUUCCAGGGUUGAGAAUCAAGACGCCAUUGAUGCUUGCAUUGUUGGGAUGCUUGGUGAUCCUAAGGAGGCCAGAGAAGGCAUAAGGGAGGUCCAUUUCUUGCCCUUUAACCCAGUUGAGAAGCGCACAGCUAUUACUUAUAUUGACAAUGAUGGCAAUUGGCACCGUGUUAGCAAAGGAGCACCAGAGCAGAUCAUUGAACUUUGUGACCUUCGUGAUGAUGUCAAGAAGAAGGCUCAUUCAAUCAUUGACAAAUUCGCCGAUCGUGGCCUUCGUUCUCUCGCUGUUGGCCGACAGACCGUUCCAGAAAAGACCAAAGAAGGUGCAGGAGGGCCAUGGCAAUUUGUUGGUCUCUUGCCUCUCUUUGAUCCUCCAAGGCAUGAUAGUGCAGAGACAAUCCGAAGGGCACUUCAUCUUGGUGUCAACGUCAAGAUGAUCACUGGCGACCAACUGGCCAUUGGCAAGGAAACUGGCCGCAGGCUUGGAAUGGGCACGAACAUGUACCCAUCUUCCUCACUUCUUGGACAAAGCAAGGACGAGUCCAUUUCUUCUUUACCUAUUGAUGAGCUUAUUGAGAAGGCUGAUGGAUUUGCAGGAGUCUUCCCUGAGCAUAAAUAUGAAAUUGUAAGGAGGCUUCAAGAGAGGAAGCAUAUUUGUGGUAUGACAGGAGAUGGUGUGAAUGAUGCGCCAGCAUUGAAGAAGGCCGACAUAGGAAUUGCAGUGGCCGAUGCAACUGAUGCUGCAAGAAGCGCUUCUGAUAUUGUCCUGACAGAGCCAGGACUGAGCGUGAUCGUCAGUGCUGUUCUAACAAGCAGAGCCAUUUUCCAAAGAAUGAAGAACUACACCAUCUACGCAGUCUCCAUAACCAUCCGUAUUGUUGUGGGAUUUAUGCUUAUAGCUCUCAUUUGGAAAUUUGACUUCUCCCCUUUCAUGGUUUUGAUCAUAGCCAUACUCAAUGAUGGCACCAUCAUGACCAUCUCUAAAGACAGAGUAAAACCCUCUCCUCUCCCGGAUUCAUGGAAGCUCCGCGAGAUCUUUGCCACCGGCGUUGUUUUGGGUUCAUACUUAGCCGUUAUGACUGUUGUGUUCUUCUGGAUCGCUCACACUACCGAUUUCUUUUCGGUAGGGAAAAUUCCAAGCAAUUGGGUUGUUGCUUUAGUUAAUGAUUCUGCUUCUGUGUUCAUAUUUUUCUUCGUGCAGGACAAAUUUGGUGUGCGUUCCAUCAGAGAAAGCAGCGGCGAGCUCACAGCAGCUGUCUAUCUUCAAGUUAGCACGGUCAGUCAGGCACUCAUCUUUGUGACAAGAUCUCGAAGCUGGUCCUUUGUAGAACGCCCUGGUCUUCUCCUAGUGUUUGCUUUCUUCGUAGCACAGCUGGUGGCUACCCUGAUUGCUGUGUAUGCGAACUGGGCCUUUGCUGACAUGAAAGGGAUUGGAUGGGGAUGGGCUGGAGUGAUCUGGAUCUACAGCAUAGUCUUCUACAUUCCUCUGGAUGUUUUCAAGUUUGCCACUCGAUAUGCAUUGAGCGGCAAGGCUUGGGAUAAUAUGCUCCAAAACAGGACUGCUUUCACAUCAAAGAAGGAUUAUGGCAUUGGCGAGAGGGAGGCUCAAUGGGCUGCAGCUCAACGUACCCUUCAUGGCCUGCAGCCUCCAGAAGUAUCUGACCUCUUCCAUGACAAGAACAAUUACAGGGAGCUGUCUGAAAUCGCUGAGCAAGCCAAGAAGCGUGCUGAGGUCGCAAGGUAUAACCCCUAUCAACUUAAGCUUUCUAAAACUGUAGAAACCGUGAGGCCUACUGCUAUACGUAGUGAGCCAAAACUGACAUUAUCUACUAGUGGUAGGCGUGAACUGUUACGAAUACUUUCUUUAGUGUUCAAUCCGAUAUUUUCUUUUCUCUUUAGUGUUAUGAAUAAUGAUGAUUUUGAUAUUGAUUGUGAAGGUUGAGAGAGCUUCACACAUUGAAGGGACAUGUUGAAUCGGUGGUGAAGCUAAAGGGACUGGACAUUGAAACCAUC